UGUGUUGCAAUAAGUUAUUGGCCCAAAGAAAAGUACUCAGCCAAUCAGAUGCUGCAAUCUAAACUACUUAAUCAUCGGAUUUCGUGCAGGAAGUGGAAGCUACAGCAGAACUUCAGAAGUCAACUCCUGUGUGGACUGAACACAUGUAGGAUGUCAGGGGCAGCGGAUAAAGAGGGCCCACCCUCUCAAGUACGACAUGAAGGCUCCCUUCAUUCCAUGACCAAGACAGCAGGGGAUUUGACAUCUGACACAGCUGUGUCAACAGACAGUGCUGGCCAGUCACAGGGUGACAACAGUGGUGUCAUAGAUCAUGAAGCAGGCAGCAGCGAAUCGCCCAAACCACCUGGUUCCCCUGAACCAAACUGUGCCAUUUGCUUGGGGCAGCUUGAGAACAAGUCCUUCACUGACAGUUGCUUCCACAUGUUCUGUUUUGUCUGCCUGCAGGAAUGGUCAAAGGUGAAAGCUGAGUGUCCACUGUGCAAGCAGCCCUUUAAAUCUAUCAUCCACAAUGUCCGUUCAUACAACAUGUAUGAUCAGUUCUAUCUGGAGCACCGCGCAUCACCUCAGCAACGACCUUUGAACCGAUGGUACUGGGACAGGCAUGCAGCCUUCCGCUUUAUGAUUCCAUUUAAUGUUGAUCAUCGCUAUAUGCGUCAUCGCUGGGAUACUAAUUUUCAUCUCCGUAGCCAUGCACAUAGAACCAGAUCCAGACCUUCUGAUCUGGAACCUUCUCUUAUGCGGCCAAGCAGGCGUGGGAUCAGGCUACAACAGAGUGAAGAAUCAAGAGAAAGAGAUCCAUUUUCUUCAAGCCGCCAUCUUGUUUCAACAAUAGACUUCCGACGACGACUGUAUUUAAAUGGUUACAGAGUGACCGGUGUGCAGACAUCUUUGCGAUACAGACAUAUAUCACCAGAGUUCUUCAGAAACAAUCCUGCUCAGACUCACCGUCUGAUUCCCUGGCUGAAUCGUGAGCUGAAUGCCCUGCUGUAUGGACACGAGUCACAGGUACAGUUUGUUCUUGAGCUCAUUCAAGACCUCAUCAAGCGUUUUGCUAUUGACAGUGAGGAAUUCUACCAGCAUGUUUCACCAUAUAUUGGACGCCACACUCGGCACUUUAUGCAUGAGUUUUUGACUUUUGCCCGCUCACCUUACAUUAUGGGUGUUUAUGACACGAAGGCCAUUUAUCAGCCUUCAGCACAAAUGAUUUCAAGCUCGGAGUCUUCUGGGGAUGACAGCGAUGUGGUUGUCAUUGAUGAUGAUGAUGCUGAAGAGGCUGGACGCCCAGCACAUGAGCAGAGAGGAAGUGAAGGUGCAGGUUCAUUGAGGCGAAGCCAUGGCAACGAGCCCCCAUCUGUGAGGCAGGAGUUCAGUUCUAGUUUUGAUCAGACACCAGCAUCCAGUCAGUUAAGAAUGUUGCUGGGUGGCAUAGGCUCAGCAAACAGUAGUACCAACUCAGGAUGGGACUCACCUACUCCUGGACCUUCUUGGGACCUAGGAGCAACCUCAAGCUCACCUGUCAAUGUAGUUGACAGCUCUGACAGUGAAGCAUCCACCAUAAUCAAUGCAGUGGAUUUAGGUUUACAGGAUGGGGCUGAACGAGGUACGGCAGAUGAAUCAGGUGAUGGGGAUGAAGUCAUUUUUGUUGGUUAUGAUAAACCUUGGGAAGAACGGUCACCAAUUCAGUUAUCAUCAGGUUCUGAUGAUGAAAGUUAUUCCAAGUUUGCUAAGCAGCUUGCUCGCAACCACAAACGCAGGUUGGCAGCUGCUUCCACUGGUGAAGAUCAUCGCUCUCAGUCUCGACACAGAAUCAGAUCACGGUCUCCCACACCACCUUCUGCAUACCGCAGGUCAAGGUCCCCCCAUGAAAGGAAGUCUUGUGGCCACAGAGAAGGUUCUUUGAGCAGCACUGGCUGCAGACACAGAUCAUCAUCAGCCUCAAGCAGUCACAAACGUAAUGAUAAGAAACACAGAAAGCAUCGUCCCAAUAGUUCAGAAGACUCUGAAGUGUUGACUCACUCAUCCUCUGGAGGUCAAGGUAAUGGAAGAAGGCAUCACUCUCGUUCCAGAUCUUCUCAUAAGAAACGCAAGCGAAACAGACUGGAGGAUGAAGGGCAAGCCCUUGACCAGCCUCGCAAGAAAAAACACAAGCACAAAAAGAAGCACAAGAAGCACAGAGAGAAAUGUGAAUCAGGACAGUCGAAAAGAUACCAGCACUCACAUUCCACCAGCACUUCUUCAAGAAGGGAUGCAUGUAGCAUUGCCUCAUCUACAGAACAAGAGAGUCGCAGAGAGAAGUCUGAAUCAGAACAAUCAAGAAGGUAUGAGGACUCCCAUUCCAGCAGGAGGGAUGUGUGUAGCACUGCCUCAUCCAGAGAACAAGAGAUUCACCGAGAGUCAUCAGAAACUUGCAAGAAACAUCCUUCUGGCCAUAAGAAAUCGCGUCUUCAGGACAGUGGGGAUGGGUGCAGAGAUGGGCGUCACUGUACACCGGAGAGGAGCCAGAGCAGCAGCAAAAGUAGUGAAACUGAUAACAACGGCCAGGCGUCUACUUGGAGUUCUCUUCAUCUCCUGCUGAGCACUCAUCACCAGUCACCACCAAACCACUCUGCUUCCUAUUUCUCUUUUCCCAGUAUUGAUGUUUCCUCUCGGUGGGAAAACAUAGGCAGAGCUUCUGGACAGAUUGAUCCACCUUCGUCAGCCAUGGCAUCGCAGAUUCUACAGUGUGAGAACAGCUCACAAGAGCCUGUGGUGAUCACCUCCUCAGAUGAGAGUGACCAGGACUACAGGUCUACAGAGCAGAGUGGUGAGGACAACUCGGGAAGUGAGCUGCCAGUGGCCCAGACGGUUGUCGUGCCAUGCAGUUCUCGCUUGAAUGUUCCAACAGAUGGUAUUAACUUCUCCAGCCUUGCAGACGAUGGUUUGCGACCAUCUGCUACAAUGCUUGGGCUGACAGGAGCUGAAAAUAAUGAGGAUGACGUGUAUAUAGAUGUUGACAGUCUUUCGUCCAGCGACAAAAUGUCAGACACAGAAUCUGAUGAGAUUCUUGAUGUGGAAUCUGUCAGCGAAGUGGAGGGGGAUCCACAGUCUGAUGGUAGAGUUCACGAAGUUGCUGAAAUAUGUGCUGAACCAGCAGAGGCUGUUCCUUUGGCCUUAAGCACCAACACAGACCAGGCCACUGCUAGUGCGGUGUCAAGUCCAUGUCCACCAGUUGUGGAGGGAAUCCUUAUGAAAGACGUCUUCAUGGGUGUUGCUCAUAGUUCACAGCUUCUUUCCUGCCAGCACUCAGUGGCAGGCUUCAAUUUAGCUCUGGUUUCUCAAGACUUCCCUCUUUCACAUUCCCAAGAACAAGACCAGACUGUUAGAUCAGAAGAGGCCAGCUCUGCCUUGAACGCUUACAGAGAAUCAAAUGCUGGCAUCUUGCACCAGUCUGCUUUCCAGAGCUCUUGUCACAAAGUCCAUCUGUGCACCGAUAUGUCUGCUCAGGGAAGACAGGCAGAUGGGCCUGCCCCAAAACCCUGUCAUUCCCGAGACCAGAACAAAGAGAUUCCUGAAGGUGUUACCCAGUCCGCUGCUGCAGACAGCAUGACAAUAGGGAGACAGGAGUCUGCUGGCAGCGUGACAGGAGGCAGACAGGAGUCUACUGGGAGCAUGCCUGUGCAACGCAAAACAGUCUGACUCCAGUGGAGAUGUAGCAUCAAGCAGCAAUGAUG